AAAGAAUUGGGUGUUCAACUUAAUCAUGUUUCUAAAACGUAUUCAUUUCUUGUACAAAGACGUCCACCAGUUCAUGCUGUUAAGAAUCUUAGUAUGAAUAUCUAUAGUGGACAAUUGACUGCACUAUUAGGACAUAAUGGAGCUGGAAAGAGUACAACCAUUUCGAUGAUCACUGGUCUAAUCCCGCCAACCAGUGGACAAAUCAUCAUCAAUGGUUUAGAUAUUGCAACAUCAAUGGAUAAAGUUCGUGAUAUUCUCGGUUUAUGUCCGCAAUAUAAUAUUCUCUUCGAUCAUCUGACUGUUCGAGAACAUCU